GCUUGAGUAUUGAGGGAACCGCCAUAACAAUCCUGCAGCAAAGUGGAGGGGAAGUAAACGCUGACACGGCGCCAUUAACAGUACACUUACUGACGCGUGCGUGACAUUGUUUCUUAGCAGUGAAACAUUCCAAAUGAUUAAAAUAUUUGAACUCUGGUAACUGGUGACUACCUAUUAUAAUAAGGUUUUAAUUUAAUAAAGCUAUUUUAUUUAUAAACACCUUUUACGUGUUGACGCCCAAACCAUGAAUCUUGAAUACACUAACAAAAUCAUGACCAUAUUGGAAUCCUGCUGGUCACCAUUUGUUUGGACCAAUAACAUCAAGACAGGAUGCAAAGCUAUUGCUUUUUAUACAAUUGCAAUUAGUAUAAUAUCCAUUACAUUGAUAUGUUAUCAAUUAAAUGGAGGCGAUUCAUCUCAAUUGUAUAAUCCUCUGUUUGAGGCUGAUAUUAGAGGAUCAAUGCAAAUUGGUGGAGGAUUUAUGAUUAUUUAUUUUAUUCUCUUGAUAAUAUCAAGCGGUUUGAUGAUACAUGGAUUAAAAGAAGGAAUAAGGGGAUGGUUACUUCCUUGGCUUAUAUUAUGGUUCAUUGUAUGUUUAUUCCAAUUAGUUUUUGGACUUUGGCUUAUAGGAGGUUAUUACAUCUACCUUGAUGCAACAUUUGCAGCAAUGUGUAUUUGGUUCUGGAUGUCCUAUAAUAUAUACUGUUGGUUAGUUGUGUUAUCAAUGUACAAAAUAUUUGAAGAAUUACAAUCUCCAAAUAUAGAGCUUUUGUGGCCUUAAGUAGGUACAUAAUACUAACUAUAAGAUAUUAAGUACAUUGAUUGGCACCAAAGUAAAAUACAGUAUCUUGAGAGAUACAGAUAUAAUCUUCUAUAUUUAUAUAUUUUCUUCAAUCGAAAUUUAUUUAGAGAAAUAAUAUUAUUUAAAAGAUAAUUUAGAUCGAACAAAAACUUGUGUUCAACUUGGUUAUGAUUAUUUAUUUUGACAUAUCUAAUAUUAAAUAUUAUAAACACAUAAGUAACAUACUCACGUGUCAGUAAUGUACGAUUAGUUUGAAGCUUGGAACUUCUUACAUUUUAACAAAAAGACUGAUAAUGGUCUAAGGAAACAUCCGUCCAAAUCUUAGAGUAGUAUUUUGAAAUUUGUUAACAACUGUAAACAAGAUAAUAGGUGAUUGCUCUACAUGACCAAAAAUAUUUGAAACAAAUAGACAAAUUUAUUAUGAAUUUUUAUAUAAGAUAUUCUAUAACAUUUGUAAAAAUUUUGUAUGUUUGAUAUAAAUAAAAAAAAGUACAUUAAUAAACCUCUUAAA